AUGGGGAAUGGAGACGAGAAAUUUAGCUUUUGCGCAGUAUUGCACAAAGAAACUCCAGUCAAUGAAGGAAUAGUGGCGUUACUGGCCCGUCCUAGAUAUGGAACUACUAUUAAUUGCCAAGUGAAUGUUUAUGGGGGUGCACAGAUUUGUUACAAUCACAGUCACUGCCCACUAAGCAAGAGACUAAUGAGCAGCAACGUAUGGAAAUAUUUUGUUAAAUCACCAAAAUCAAGCCCAUCAAGUAAAAUAGGAGGGCAGUGCAAACUAUGUUUUCAACAUGUAAAAACGUCAGGAAACAGUACCAAUUUAAUAAACCAUCUUAAGAGAAAACAUCCGGACAUUGACAUUCUUAAGAGUAACGAAACCUUAGAGACUGAAUUGACUGAAAAGCGUAAGAAACCGCAACUGGAUGAAGACAACAGUUCUGUGGAACAUGACACAAACGUAGAUAAACUAAAACUGACUGAUCCAUGCACUCCAAAUAAGUCAUUGUCGACAGCAUCCACGAUUACGUUACGAGGUACACCUGAUGGUUCCAGUUAUUUAACUAGUUGCAACAUUAUGGGGGGUGUAAAAGCAGCUAAAAUUACCAACGCCAUUGUGUAUAUGAUAGUUAAAGAUAACUAUCCAUUAAUGACUACCGAAAAAGCUGGCUUUCAAUAUUUAAUGAACAUUACUGUACCCUUCUAUAAAGUUCCUGGUCGUAGGGCAAUAACCACACUAAUAAAUGAAAAAUACGAUGUUUUGUCAGACGUGUGGACGGAAAUGCUCACCACAACCAGUUUUUUAGGCGUUACUGUGCACUUUUAUAUGAAUCAUGCUUUACAUUCCAUACACAUUGGAGUGACUGAGUUACAGUGCAGUCAUACAGCAUAUAACUUGACAGAAUAUUUAAUAAGAAUUUGUGAUGAAUGGAAAAUUGAUUUAUCAAAGGUGUCGGCGGUCGUAACGGAUAAUGGUGCUAACAUUGUUAAAGCAGUUACUGACUUAUUUGGUAAGAACAAACAUCUCCCUUGCUUUGCUCAUACGAUCAACCUAGUAGUCACGAAAUCUCUUGGUGAAGAACCGCUUAAAAACAUAAUUGAAGCAGUUAAAUCAAUAAUUACAUUUUUUAAACAAAGCGUUACAGCUAAUGACGACUUUAAGAAGAUGCAGCCUGCAGAUAAGUUUCUCAAAUUAAUUCAGUCGGUCCCUACGCGUUGGAAUUCCAUAUAUUAUAUGAUAGAAAGGUUUAUUAAUGUCAAAGAUUAUGUAGCACCGGUUCUGCUAAGACAUAGAAAAGCUCCUAGAAUAGUGUCUGCUGAAGAAAUAGAUAUUCUAAAAGAACUGAUUAUAUUGCUUCAACCAUUUGAAGAAGUUACCAAAGAAAUAUCAGGUCAGGGAUAUGUAACCAGUAGCAAAGUAAUUCCGAUGGUUAACUGUGUUUUAAAAAAGCUGAAUACUUUAUUACCAAUGACUUCAGAAGGAAUUUUACUGAAACACAACAUUAUUAAGGAAAUGGAAAAGCGAUUUAGUAAAAUUGAAGAAGUGAAACUGCUGGCAAUAUCGACAAUUUUAGAUCCUCGUUUUAAAAAAAUUCAUUUUGACAAACCCACAGCUUGUGCUCAAGCUACUUCUGAUAUAAAUAAAUGCUUGUUUGAAGAUAAUGGUCAUGAAACGGAGACACACUUACCACAAAAGAUAAAGAAUACUGAGUCACCGAGUAUUUGGAUCUUUCAUGAACAAUUAAUUCAGCAAAAUGAGAUUCCACACAGUUCAAGGUCAUCAUUGGAGAAUAACUUCAAAUAUUACCUAACUCAGCCUGUUGUGCCCUUUAACAAUGACCCGUUUCAAUUUUGGGAAAACUACGCAAACAUAACAAAACGAUUGUACCAUCAGAAAGACUGUUCUCACUGGCUGGGCUGA